UCCCUUGUGACCUGCGGAGGUGCCUUGUGUCGAAAGUCUCCUGGCGGUGUUGGGUCGGUCCCGACUGGUAGGUCAGGCAGCGAGUCCCUUUGUGAUAGGCGGUGCAAGGUUGGUAGGGAAGGAUAAGGGUUUCGGCAAACGCAGCGGAAUAUCCGAUGUGCUCUCAUAUCAAGUGAACCUUAGGUUUGUUUGUGGGAGUCAAGAUGGGUGAUCGUCAUGUUGUCAAGGAGAAAUCCGAAGACAUGGAUGAAGCCGAAUACAAGAAGAUCAACAGGAAGACGAUGAGUGCGGUUCGACUAACCCUUUGGGAGAAUGUCUCGACUGAAUUUAGAUUUGAGGCAAAAGGAAAGGGUGAAGAUCAAGAAUGGUCAAAGUUGAAGCCGAAGAAUAAGGACAAGGAAGAUGCAAGUCAGGUGGUAUAUUGGAACUGCAAGGGGCACUUGAAACGACAGUGCAGGGCGCCGGAGAAGGAUCAGGGUUCAGCAAACGCAACGGAGGAGAUAUCCGAUGCGCUGAUUCUGAGCGUCAGCAGUCCAAUGGAGUCAUGGAUUUUGGUCGAACGUCAUUCCACUCAUGCAGUGAUUCGAGAAUCAUGGAAUCCUAUACCACAGGUAAUUUUGGUGUUGUCUAUCUUGGAGAUGAUGAGACACUGAAAAUUGUAGGUAAAGGAAUGAUUCGAAUCAGAACACCGAAUUGUGGGGAGUGGAGAUUGGAUGAGGUAUGUUGAAGUGGAAGAUGAAAUCAGUCUUCAAGUGGGAGAUUGUUGGGAUAUGAAGCCUGAUUAUAUCCUAAAAUU